AACAAACAAACCCGCGGCAGCGUUGUUCUCUUAACUCUUCCCAUUAGCAUUAGCCUCUCAGAAAUCUUCGCAAAAUCUCAACCUACACACUCACUCUCGCUUCCUCUUCCACCUCUGUGUCUCCUUCCUCGACGCUAUGGCCUCUGCCACUUUUGCUAACCUCAACUCUCUCUCCUCACAGUGGAUCGGCCAGCCCUCAUCCUUCUCUUCCCGCGCGGGAUCCUCCAUUCGCUUGGCUACUCGUCGUGCCUCCGUCCCGAUCCGCGCCUCCUACACCGACCAACUCAUCCAAACCGCUAAAUCUAUUGCAUCCCCUGGUCGUGGAAUCCUGGCUAUUGAUGAGUCAAAUGCAACCUGUGGUAAGAGGUUAGCAUCUAUUGGAUUGGACAACACUGAAACCAAUCGCCAAGCCUAUAGGCAGCUUUUGCUGACCACUCCUGGCCUUGGUGAAUACAUUUCUGGUGCUAUUCUAUUUGAAGAGACCCUUUACCAGUCAACUACAGAUGGAAAGAAGUUUGUGGAUUGUCUACGUGAGGAGAGGAUUGUACCCGGCAUCAAGGUUGACAAGGGUCUGGUCCCGCUGCCAGGGUCUAACAAUGAAUCUUGGUGCCAAGGUUUAGAUGGAUUGGCUUCAAGAUCUGCUGAAUACUAUAAGCAAGGUGCUCGAUUUGCAAAGUGGCGAACAGUUGUUAGCAUUCCUAGUGGUCCUUCUGCAUUAGCUGUCAAAGAAGCUGCAUGGGGACUUGCACGAUAUGCCGCCAUCUCUCAGGACAAUGGCCUUGUGCCAAUUGUAGAGCCUGAAAUCCUUCUUGAUGGCGACCACCCAAUUGAAAGGACGCUGGAAGUAGCAGAGAAGGUUUGGGCCGAAGUUUUCUUCUACUUGGCUGAAAACAAUGUUGUGUUUGAGGGAAUAUUGCUCAAACCUAGCAUGGUGACUCCUGGAGCUGAACACAAGGAAAAGGCUUCCCCAGAAACCAUCGCUAAAUAUACACUCACAAUGCUCAAAAGAAGAGUUCCACCUGCAGUCCCUGGAAUCAUGUUUUUGUCCGGUGGGCAAUCUGAAGUGGAGGCAACACUAAAUCUUAACGCAAUGAACCAAAGUCCCAACCCAUGGCAUGUUUCCUUCUCGUAUGCACGUGCACUGCAGAACACAGUACUUAAGACAUGGCAAGGGCGGCCAGAGAACGUAGAAGCCGCACAGAAGGCUCUUUUGGUGCGUGCAAAAGCAAACUCCCUUGCUCAACUUGGAAGAUACUCUGCUGAGGGUGAAAGUGAGGAAGCCAAGAAAGGAAUGUUUGUGAAGGGUUAUACCUACUAAAAUUUGGGGCAUUCCAUGCCUUUCAGCUGUGUGACCAUUCCUCUUGCUAGCAGUGAAUGUUGAGACUUAAUUUAUUGUACUAUUAUUUUACUUCUUCCUUCUAGCUAAUGAGUUUGAAUAAAGCCAACAAGAAAGAAAGGUUUUGGCGUAAUUAGGUUUGGGGAUCAUGAAAACCCACAAGGGACAAGGAAAACAUGUGAAAGAAAAUAUGUGUGUUCAUUUUUCCCCCCUUAAAGCUACGUAACUUGUAGUUUUUACCUUCAGCUCUUGAAUAGUGGUGGUGGAUUGCAUAUUGGCAAAUUUAGGGCAUAUUUUGAUUUAAUGUUAGAAACAAUCAAAAUCACAAGUUCAUAGAAGCAGUCCUUUUGUGUAAUCCUGCUUUGUUUCGAAAAGAUUAUGGACAUUGACUUUCAAGUCCUA